UCAUAAAGGACACGUAAGCUUCAGGUAUGUUGUUAUUAUUGUAACUUUAAAGACUGUCGGCCUAGUUAACGAAAGCAACAAAAGAUUAUGAAGACUUGAUCCAUUUUCUGCGAGAGUGGAGGCUAUGAGUCCUUCAUAAAAUAACCAUGGACAAGUUUGGGAUGAGUUUCGGCGGGGGCCCCAGCAGGAAGGAGCUUCUGGACACCGUUGAGGAGCAGAAGAAACAGCUGCUCCAGUACCAGACACGUCUGAAAGAUGUCGUGAGGGCGUACAAAAGCCUCCUGAAGGAGAAGGAGGCCUUGGAGGCCAGCUUGAAAGUUUUGACCGUGUCCCAGGAGGCGGAUGUGCGUGGCGAGGGACCCCCCGGGGGAGGUUCCGGCAUCGAGGCGCAUCCCCCGGAGCGUGCCGAAGACCGCUGCUCCCUCCACAGCGAGGACAGCGCGGACACGGCCGCGUCCGCGGAGACCGCCACCAGCAUCACGAGCGGCAGCGCCAAGGGGGAACACGCGGAGGAGGACGGUGGCGUGCCGGACGUCGGAGCCGGGGCGUCGUCCGCCUCCCAGAGGUCAGAGGAGGCCAGCGGCUCCGAGAGCGGCAUCAGCUCGAGCAGCGGGGAGCAGCAGCCCUCGGGGGACGUUGAUCGUCGGGUGCUGCAGCUCAAGACCCAGCUGUCGACGCUCACUAGCUCCCUCGCCACGGUGACGCAGGAGAAGUCCAGGAUGGAGGCCUCCUUCCAGGCCGAUCGCAAGAAGAUGAAGCAGGACUGGGAGGAGUUGCAGCAGAAGCUCUUGGAGGCCAAGAACCAGCACGAGGAAGAGGCGAAGGCCCUACAGGAGCAGCUGGCGGAGACCAAGGCCCGGCUGAUCACCCAGCAGCAUGAGCGCGCGCAGGAGCAGGAAGACCACGCGCUCAUGCUCCGCGAGCUGCAAAAGCUCCUGCAGGAGGAACGGGAGAUGCGGCAGGAGGCCGAGCUGAAGCUGGAGGACACCAGAGAGGUCUUGAUGGAGAAGACGGUGGCUGCGGAGCGCGGAGCCGACUGGGAGGCGCAGCUGAGGCAGGUGUCCCUGGAGAAGGAGGAGAUGAGGAAGAGCUUGCGGGCAGCGGAAGUGGAGAGGAGCAAGCCCGACCCCCGGGUGGAGGAGCUGCAGCGGGACUUGGCGGAACUCAGGGCGCACUUUGAGCAUCAGGUGCAGCAGGAGAUGUGGAAGGCUACGCAGGCAGAGGAGCGUCUGCGGGAGCGUGUGCAGCUGGAGGAGGCCCGCGUGGCCAGCCUGGAGGGCCGGGUGUCAGAGCUGUCUGAACUGCUGGGCACCUGCGAGAAGGCACGGCAGAAGGACCAGCUAGCGGCACAGAAACUGCGUGAGCGCGUUCUGCAGCUGGACAUGGAGAACAAGACCCUGGCCAUCGCCGCCUCUUCUCGAGCCCCCGUGGACCUAACCUUAGAUGAGGCCAACUUGGACAUCAACGUGCUGAAGGACAAGAUGGAGAAGGUGAAGAGGCUGCUGCUGCUGGCCUCUCAGAAAUCCCAGCAGCCUCUUGAGAUCGAGAAGGUGUGCGACCCGGCCGAGCCCUCGGACGGGGAGAAGGCUUCUGUGUUGUACUACCAGCAAGAGCUGAAGCAGCUGAAGGAAGAGUUUGAGCGCUACAAGACACGUGCACAGGUCGUGCUCAAGAAUAAGAACGCCAAAGAUGGGAAUACAGCCAAGGAGCUGGAGGAGGUGCGGGAGCAGCUGGCCGAGCUCAAGGAAAAGUACAUCGGCUUGCGGAUCCAUUGCGAUGAAGCCGAGGCUCGGCACGGCAAGGAACUGGAGGCCCAGCAGCAGCAGGCGGCAAUCCUCCAGCAGGGCCACAAGCAGGAGCUGGAGCGCCUGGAGGCCCAGUACCGCGAGCGUUUCCUCCGGCUUGAGGAGGAGCUCCACAAGCAGAGGGACCGCACCGUUGCUCUGUUGGCCGAGAAGGAUUUGGAACUGGAGCGCCUGCGCGCGGCACCUCUGACUUACGGUCUCGGCUGGCCGAGAACCCGCGGGGGGCCUGCGGUUGAGACCGACAGGGGCUCGUCAACCAGCGAGCCCGCGCAGGACGACCUCAUCGAACAGGCGCUGAAGCUUGCGGGCUCCAAUGAGCCCACGCUCCUCCUGUAUGCUGAGCAACUGGCCCGCAAGGAGGUGGAGAUCAGCACCCUGAGGAGGCAAAAACACCAGCUGGAGGGUGAUGUUCAUCAGCUGCAGGAUAAGCUGAUCACCAAUGGGGAGCGGCACGAUGAGGAGGUGUCAACGCUGCGGGACCAGCUCGAGAAAUACGCCAGGGACCAGAGGCGUGAGGGGGCCAACCUGGAGUACUUAAAGAACAUAGUCUACCGCUACCUGACCCUGCAGGACGCAAAGGGGCGACAGCAAACACUCACCGCUAUCCUCACCAUCUUGCACUUCAGCCCUGAGGAGAAACAGGCUGUGGUCAAACAGCAGUCCCAGAGCUGGUGGAACUCAGGCAUCAGAUGAUACAUACUUGAGUGGAGAACAUUUUGUUUCCAACGGCAAAAAAGUCACCGUAUAAACAUUUUCAAGUCUUGUAAUAAUUUUGUGGCUUUAGGGAAUUUAUAUUCUGAGCGGAGCACGGUUGCCUGCUUCCUAUUUAAUUUCGAGCUCAGUUUGCAUAAUGUUUGGUGAAUCUGUUCUGCACAUCUGUUCCAGAAAGAGGGGGAAUGGUUUUUAUUCUAUUUUGGACCAGAAGUUCCUUUCUGAGCCUCUAGAGGUCGCUGUGAUUUGCAGGAUUUAAAAAAUGGCCGAGAGAGGAAAGGUUUUGUAAAAAAAAAAAGAUGGUGUUUUGUCAACUUGAGUAACACCUUUCUGAAACAUUCUCUUUGUGUGCUUUGCUUUGCUAAAAUUUUGCAACUGAUGCGAGUCAGUAAUGAUCACGACACUGGAAGUGAUCAAACUAUUCAAAUAACAAUACUAAAAAGUUUUUUUCACAAUCUUGUCACAUAUUAAAGGUUUGCUGGAGUUAGAACAGAAUGCAGUAAAAUCUGCGGUAAUGCACUAGUGUUACCAAAGGCGUUUUUGCACAGCUAGGCGAACGGGUAUGUGGAAAAGCCGUGAAACGUGAAAGAUUGCCGUGUUCUGCGCAGUUGCUCAACCCCACGUUUGAAACUGCGAUAAAACUUCAGCGUUCCUCAGAAGUGUGAAAGGAUGUGGUCACCUGCUUUUUAACUGAACUACGGUGGCCAGGAGCACAUGGGUCGUCUCACGACUCCUGGAUUAUAAAUUCAGUUUCGGUCGGAAAUCUGUUUACACAAGUGCAGCUGACUGUUUGGUGGAAGUUUGUCUCCCCCCACCCCAAUCAUUGUCUGUCAUUGUCCUGUCAUUUUCAGAUUCCAUGCGUUUAAGAAACACUGAGCCGCUUCAGUUUUAUUCCAGACAGUGAUAGUGUAAGUAUUGUUAGGCUGUCAGGUUUGACUAUCAAGUUGCAGUUAAGAUUUGCUUUAACUGCUUUGUAAAGAACGCUUCUAAAAGAAUGCAUUGAACGUCACUGAAAUUGUAUGCGGACAAAGGAUACCCUCCAAACCACACGUUUUCAUUUAUUGUCUUUAUUAUUUUUCCCUCCGUCUGAUGCCGAGUCACCGAAGGGUUGCAGAUCAAGACCGCUGGGGUACUUCUUACUAUGUUAAGGCAUCUGGGAUACUUUUGUGAAAGUGAGCCUAGUGGAUGUUCUUAAAGUAGUGUUUUGGUGUAUAGUUGUGGAUUUUGAAUGAGGAGGAGGAGGAGAGGGUAUGCUUUUCAGUUUUUCCAUAAGCAGUAAUGUUCUAUGAUAUGCCCAUUUUCAUCCCCUUUGAUAUGAAAUCUUUUCCUCUGGGUUUAAUCAAAUUAAAAUAUUUUC